AGUUUCCGUCUGCUUCCUUUCCCUCUCUAUCCAUUUAAACCCCCUCCCACUUUUUCCACUUUCUGCUCAUAAUCCACCUCGUAAAACAACAUGUCAAUUUCACUCACUUUCUCUUCAAUCUUUCUCCUCCGAUCAUCCACCACCACCACCGCGCCGCUACAUAUUCCGGCCACUACUUUUUUAUGUCCUGCCACCACUUCUGGUAUAUGGCCCUCCUGGAAACAGGUUAUAUCUACUUCACUUCUUCAAUGCAAAGCUGUGUCCAAAUCCCGUGCCCAAGGAUACACAGAUGUGCUUCGAAAUGAUUUUCAAGUGAUAAAAUGGCCGGAAAUUGUGGAGGAUGACACAGAAAAAGAUCCUCUUAAGGAAACGAAGACAGAGGACAGGAUAAGGGAACUCGUAGAAUCGAUACGAUGGAUGUUAUGUUCUAUGGAAGAUGGAGAAAUAAGUGUAUCGGCUUACGACACGGCUUGGGUGGCUCUGGUGGAAGAUAUAGGUGGAAGUGGUGCACCCCAAUUCCCUAGCAGCCUUUAUUGGAUUGUGAAUCACCAGCUCGAUGAUGGUUCAUGGGGCGACAUGGCCACCUUUACGGCUCAUGACAGGAUAAUUAACACAUUAGCAUGUGUAGUUGCAUUGAGAUCAUGGAACAUGCACCCUGACAAAAGUGAAAAAGGGAUAAAAUUUAUCAGAGAAAAUAUGGACAAGCUUGAAGAUGAAAAUGCUGAGCAUAUGCCUAUUGGGUUCGAACUGGCAUUUCCAUCACUAAUUGGAAUAGCCAAAAAGCUAGAAAUUGAUAUUCCAUAUGACUCUCCAGUCUUGAAAGAAAUCUAUGCUAAACGAAGUUUAAAGCUCAAAAGGAUACCGAAAGACAUAAUGCACAAGGUACCGACUACAAUACUCCAUAGCCUGGAAGGAAUGCCAGACUUGGAUUGGCAAAAGUUAUUAAAAUUACAGUCUUCAGAUGGCUCAUUUCUGUUUUCACCAUCCUCCACUGCCUUUGCACUCCAGCAGACUAAAGAUGAUAAUUGCCUCAAAUAUCUAACGAAAGCUGUCAAAAAAUUUAACGGCGGAGUUCCCAAUGUCUAUCCUGUGGACUUGUUCGAGCACAUUUGGGCUGUAGACCGGUUGCAACGACUAGGAAUUUCUCGGUUUUUCCAGAAAGAAAUUGAGGAAUGUAUGGAGUACGUUCACAGGUAUUGGACAAAUAAAGGAAUCUGCUGGGCAAGAAAUUCUGAAGUUCAGGACAUUGAUGACACGGCAAUGGGUUUCAGACUUCUGAGGUUGCAUGGAUACGAAGUUUCUGCAGAUGUAUUCAAACACUUUGAGAAUGGUGGAAAGUUCUUCUGUUUCGCUGGACAGUCGAACCAGGCUGUUACAGGAAUGUAUAAUCUGUAUAGGGCUUCUCAGGUAAUGUUUCCAGGAGAAAACAUACUUGCAGAAGCAAAGAAAUUCUCAGCCAAAUUUUUGCAAGAGAAAAGAGCCAAUAAUGAGUUAUUGGAUAAAUGGAUUAUAACCAAAGACUUAACAGGAGAGGUCGGAUAUGCACUAGAUGUGUCGUGGUAUGCCAGCUUACCUCGGGUGGAAACAAGAUUUUACUUGGAACAAUACGGUGGUGAAGAUGACGUUUGGAUCGGCAAAACUUUGUACAGGAUGGGAUAUGUUAACAACGACACGUAUCUUGAGCUAGCAAAAUUGGACUACAAUAAUUGCCAGGAAUUGCACCAGCUCGAGUGGAGAAGCAUUCAGAAAUGGUACACUAAGUACGAUCUUGGAGAGUUUGGAAUGAGCGAAGGAAACCUUCUCCUAGCAUACUAUUUGGCUACUGCGAGUUAUUUUGAGCCAGAGAAGUCAAAAGAGCGGCUAGCUUGGGCUAAAACCACCAUUCUAAUGGAGACCAUUGCUUCGUACUUUGAUCGGAAACCUAUUCACAAAAAAGCAUUUAUUGAUGAGUUUUUACAUGGAAACGACCUCAACUAUGCAAAUGGAAGGAGGUACAGAACAAGACACAGACUGGUAGACACUCUACUUGGAACCCUAAACCAGCUCUCACUGGAUACAUUGUUGGCUUACGGAAGAGACGUUAAUCAACAAUUGCAUCGGGCGUGGGAUAAAUGGAUACGGAGCUGGGAAGGUGGUAGUGACGUGGGCCAAGGAGAAGCAGAGUUGCUCGUGCGUACUCUAAAUUUGAUCAGUGAUCUCAAUAAUCACUGGGCGUCACAUGAGUUAUUAUCAUCUCAGCCUAAAUAUCAACAACUCUUGGAUAUCACCAAUAGAGUGUGUCAUCGACUUCGUCUGUGUCAACACAAAAAGGUAACUGGUACAAAUGGCUGCAUCACAACCGUCCAAAUAGAAUCCGACAUGCAAGAACUACUAAAAUUAGUGUAUACCAAAUCCUCAGACGACAUUGAUACCGACACUAAGAAAACAUUUCUUAAUGUUGCUAGGAGUUUCUACUAUGCUGCCUAUUCUAGCCCGGGAACUAUAAAUUUUCAUAUUGCCAAGGUACUCUUUGAAAGAGUACGCUGAAUUUGUGUGUAUAGAUAUUAUUUCUUCAUAUACAUAUAUAUAGAGAGAGAGAGCGAGAGAGAGAGAGGUGCAAAAAUAGGUAAAUGUU